GGUCUCGUGUAUUUUCGAGCUUCACGCCGGAAAACAACAAAAAGCAGAGAGCUUCGACUCCUUAGCUUUUCCAACAUUAAAAACCAUAUUUAAGGCAGCCAUAACCGCAACAUAUGCAGAGGCUCAAGAACCAUUUCCCACUUAUUGAAAGGCCAUUCACUCGUUUUGAUCACCUGCACGCCUUUGAUCGACGUUAACUCAUUUUCCCGGAAAAUUUAAUUAGAAAAUUUAGAGAUACGCAAGAGAGAAGAAGAGCUAUACCCUUUAUGAGAUACCUUGGUAUUCUUUUUCUUUUGCUUUAAAGAUCAGCUUUCGUCAGACAUACAUUCGGAUUAAGCAAGAAUUUCUUCGGACAAAAUGGGAAAGAUGCAUUUGCUUGUCUGGUCUCGCUGGCUGGAAAUCGUUCUUUGCUGCUUCUUCUUCUUCAUUGCUUCUUACGCGAAGACCCCAGUUAGGAAAAAUCCAAGGACGACCAAUAACAGCUCAGCUCUUGGUGUACAGCUACGAGUAACCAAUCAUCAGCGAGUGAUCAUCGAUAAUGGUCUUGUUCGAGUUACUUUUUCGAGUCCAGGCGGUGAUGUCGUUGGAAUUAAAUAUAAUGGAAUUGAUAAUGUACUCGAAAUCAUUAACGAAGAUGAUAAUCGAGGAUAUUGGGACGUUGUAUGGAAUCGACCCGGAGAGUCUAACAUCUAUGACAAGUUACAAGCCACAGAUUUUAAUGUUAUAAUGGAAAAUGAAGACCAAGUAGAGAUUUCAUUCUCUAAAAAAUGGAGUCCAUCUAUGGGUAAAUCUACAGUUCCCUUGAAUAUAGAUAAAAGGUAUAUAAUUCGACGUGGCAAUUCUGGGCUUUAUCUGUAUACUAUUUUGGAACGAUUAGAAGGAUGGCCUGAUGUUGAUAUGGAUCAAAUUAGAGUGGUUUUCAAGCUCCAAAAAGAAAAGUUUCACUUCAUGGCAGUAUCUGAUGAUAGGCAAAGGGUAAUGCCAAUGCCUGAAGAUCGUCUUACUGGUUUGCCUUUAGCAUAUCCUGAAGCUGUUCUCUUAACAGAUCCAAUCAAUCCAGAUCUUAGAGGAGAGGUAGAUGAUAAAUACCAAUAUUCUAGUAAAGUCAAAGAUAAUGCAGUGCAUGGCUGGAUAUCAGAAAAUCCACCGGUGGGAUUUUGGAUGAUCACACCUAGUAAUGAAUUUCGCGUUGGUGGACCCUUCAAACAAGAAUUGACCUCUCAUGUAGGGCCUACUGUCCUGAAUAUGUUUACUAGUACUCAUUAUGCUGGGAAGGACUUAAACACAGCGUAUCGUAAUGGAGAGCCAUGGAAGAAAGUUCUUGGCCCCGUUUAUGUCUAUCUUAAUUCCAUUUCGGCCUCUGAAGAUCCAGAAGCUCUUUGGGAAAAUGCUAAAGAACAAAUGUCAACUGAAGUUAGAAGCUGGCCAUAUAGUUUUCCUCAAUCUGAAGAUUUCCCCACUUCUUAUCAACGGGGAAAUGUUUUAGGUCAGUUAAUAGUUCGUGACAGAUACAUGAAUGAAAGAUUAAUGUAUGCAAAUUCAGCUUACGUGGGAUUGGCAACACCAGGAGAUGUGGGCUCAUGGCAAAUGGAAUCAAAGGGUUAUCAAUUUUGGACCCAAGCUGAUAGGAAAGGGAUCUUCUCAAUAAACAAUGUGAGAGCUGGGAACUAUAGUUUAUAUGCAUGGGUUCCUGGUAUUAUUGGAGAUUACAAAUAUAAUUUUAAUAUAAUCAUUGAACCAGGGUCUAAUAUCAAACUGGGUGUUCUUAUAUAUGACCCUCCGAGAAAUGGUCCAACUCUUUGGGAAAUAGGCAUUCCUGAUCGUACUGCUUCUGAAUUCUAUAUACCGGACACAUACCCAACACUCAUGAAUAAAUUAUAUACCAAUCACCCAACAAACAAAUUUAGACAAUAUGGAUUGUGGGAAAGAUAUGCAGAUAUAUAUCCUAAAAGCGAUCUUAUCUACAAUGUUGGUGUUAAUAAUUAUGAUCAAGAUUGGUUCUUUGCCCAUGUUACUAGAGAGAAAGGAAACAAGACAUAUGAACCAACCACAUGGCAGAUCAUAUUUGAACUUAAAAGUGUAAACCAAAGUGGAAAUUAUACACUCCAAGUGGCCUUGGCAUCAGCUACUAUGUCUGAACUCCAGGUGCGGGUGAACACUGCCAAUAGCAAUCGGCCUCUUUUUACAACAGGGUUAAUAGGCAGGGAUAACGCUAUUGCAAGACAUGGAAUUCAUGGGUUAUAUUGGUUGUAUAGCAUUCAAGUACCAUCCUCCCAACUUUUUCAAGGAAAUAAUAUAAUUUAUUUGACUCAAUCGAGAAGUAAUGGCCCCUUCUAUGGUAUCAUGUAUGAUUAUAUUCGUUUAGAAGCACCCGAAGAAACUUGAUCAUAAUAGAUCACAAAAUAUUUAUUUGGAGGUAUUUAUAGUGUUAAUAUUUUCCAAUUAUAGAUGGAUAAUAAUAACAUU